GUCUGGGCCGGGUCGGAGUGACCCCGGCAGGGACCAGUUGUCCCCACCAACUCUGUGCACGACCUCGGUGCUAUCACGCGGGUAGGCCAGCCGAGCGUCCCGGAUGGGACCGAAGGGGCCAAGGGGCCGAAGGGCCGAAGGGGCGAAGGGCCGAAGGGCCGAAGGGCCGAAGGAGCAGGCAGGGCCGACCACGCGCCUCGUCCAUUCGCGUGCCUCGUCCCAUUCACGUGGCCACCGUAAGCAGGGCGUAGAGAGGCUACUAAUAUUGUCAGGAAGAAGAAGAAGAAGAAGAAGAAGAAGAAGAGGACGACGACGAGGACGACGACGAGGAGGAAUACGACCCCGCCGAGCGUGAGCCCUCCGCCUACGACAGUAAGCAGGGCGUAGAGAGCCUACUAAUAUUGUCAGGAAGAAGAAGAAGAACAAGAACAACAACAACAACAAGAACAACAACAACAACAAGAAGAACAAGAUGAGGACGAUGAUGAGGACGACGACGAGGACGACGGCGACGAGGAAUACGACCCCGCCGAGCGUGUUGCCUCCGCCUACGACGCCUCGCAGUCCCGGUUUCAGCGCGGCUCAGGUCCUGGAACAGAUAUCCUCCAGCGUCGACCAAGAAGACGAAGAAGACUACUGCGAUUCCGAAGAGGAGGACGUUUCGGAAGAUGAAGACGGUGAGGAAUACAACCCCGAGCGCGACGCGGACGACUACGGAGACGACUCGGCCUCGCGGUCGAGCUCCUCUUCGGAGGAAGAUCCGGAGGAAGAGCCGGAGGAAGAGCCGGAGGGAGACGCGGCCGCUGCCCGAGAGGAGCGAGACAGAGAGCCAGACAGAGCCAGAGAGCCAGAGCGAGAAAGGGAGACGCUGCUGUCGAAAAACGGCAAAAUCAAAUGGUCCUCCGCGGCCUAUCGCGGCCCGGACCGACCCCGCGCCAUCCGCCAGCCCUGCCCCGCCGUGACGCCGGGCCCCACGGCCUACGCCGCGUCGCGAGCGCUCGACAUCGAGUCCGCCUUCCGGCUGUUUGUCACACCGGCGAUAGAAAGGAUCAUCGUGGACAUGACCAAUCUGCAGGGGGUGAGAAAAUACGGAGACGGCUGGCGACCCAUGGACUCCACCGACCUGCGCGCCUACGUAGGGCUGCUGAUCCUAGCCGGCGUCUACAGGUCCCGAGGCGAGGCCGCGGCCAGCCUGUGGGACGCCGAGAGCGGCAGGACCGUGUUCCGCGCCACCAUGCCGCUCAAGGCGUUUCACAAGUACUCGAGGCUGCUGCGAUUCGACGACCGCCAGUCGAGACCCGCGAGACUCGCCACCGACAGACUGGCGGCCGUGAGAGAGGUGUGGGACCUGUGGGAGGAGCGGCUGCAGGCCCUCUACAACCCGGGGCCCGAAGUGACGGUGGACGAACAACUGGUCCCGUUCAGAGGACGCUGUCCUUUCCGACAGUACAUUCCCAGCAAGCCGGCCAAAUACGGCAUCAAGUCGUGGGUGGCCUGCGACGCCAAGUCCAGCUACGCUUGGAAGAUGCAAGUGUACACCGGCAAGGCGGCCGGCGGAUGCCCCGAGAAGAACCAGGGCGCGCGCGUCGUCCUCGAUCUGACCGAGGGACUGCCGGACGGUCACAACGUCACGUGUGACAAUUUCUUCACCUCCUACGAACUCGGGCAGCGGCUCCUCGAGAGGAACCUCACCAUGGUGGGCACGGUGCGAAAGAACAAGCCCGAGCUCCCUCCCGCGCUGCUCCAGUCCAAGGGCAGACAGGUCUCGUCCUCCAGGUUCGCCUUCACGACCACCGCCACUCUAGUGUCCUACCUGGCAAAGAGAAAUAAGAACGUGCUGCUUCUGAGCACGCGGCACGCGGAGCCCGACGUCAGCGAUCGCCGAGACCGGAAGCCGGCCCUCAUCCUAGACUACAACUGCAACAAGGGCGGCGUGGACAACCUAGACAAGGUGGUCGGGACCUACAGCUGCAGACGGAUGACCGCCCGCUGGCCCCUGGUCAUCUUCCACAACAUCCUCGACGUGUCCUCCUACAACGCCUUUGUCAUAUGGCGAGAGAUCAACCCCGACUGGAUGCCCGGGAAGCGGAACAAGAGGAGGGUGUUCCUGGAGCAGCUCGGAAAGGCGCUCGUGAAGCCCUUGAUCCAAAGAAGGCAGCGUCUCCCCCGCACCGAAGCCUCGUCCGCACUUGUCAAAGUCAUACGGGGCGAGCGUGUAUCCGCCGAGGCUCGUCCGCAGGCCCGCGAGCGAGCCGCCGGCCCGGCCGCCGCCGCCGCCCCGGCCGCCCCGCUGGGGGCGAGUAAGAGGAAGAGGUGUCAGGUCUGCCCACCCAAGAAGGACGCCAAGACACACACAGCGUGCUGCAGGUGUAAGAAAUACAUCUGCAAAGGCUGUUCACACCCAUACUGUCACACUUGUGCCCACUGGGCCUUUAGCCAAGACGGGACAGAGUGACCCCGGGGGGGGACACUGUGUGCUAGGCAUAAUAGAAGGACAACGGGA